AUGAACAACUAUUCCAAGUGGUCCUUAUUGGGUAUCCUGAAAUAUCUAUCAAAUAAUGUUGACUUCACUAGCGAAAACCUGGAUGAUAUCGUUGCUGUUUUGAAGAAACAACUGGAAAUUGGUCCAAAGACAGCAAUAUUCUCCAGACAGCGAAAAAUAAGGCUACAAAAAU